AUGCACAAUUGUUCAAAUGUUCAAAAUCAAUCACAAAAUAGUCUUACUAAAAAACAUAGAUCCAAUGAUGUUUUUCAUAUGAAUCAUAACAAUCUUAUUGAUUCUCAAAUACACCACGAUCCAAAUUCAAAUGUUACUUUCCAUCAAAAAAUCCAGAAACACCAUCAUGUUCCACCACCAGUAUCAUCUAACAUGCAACUCGUCAACUCAUCAUCUUCAUCUGUACGUCGUGUUCAUUCAUCAAAUGAUUCUGUUACACCUCAUCACCCUCAACAAUCAAAAGAUAUUCCAACAUUCGAUGGUACUCGUACCUCAACAACAUUUUUGACUUCAUCUCAUCCAAAUGCUAAUGAUUCUCCUAUUGCUCAAAAUGAUCAUCAUGUUAACAAUGUUGGACAACAAAAUUACCAUCAUCAACAGACUUUAAUUACAAAUGAAUUAACUCGUUAUGCUCUAACCAGAAAAUAUAUUUAUGAUAUAUCCAAUUUUCCACCUCUUCCAACUGCACAAGUUUUAACAAAUAACCCGAUGAUGAUCAAACUUGAUGAUCUGAUGACAAAAAUGUCGGAAAUCAAGGAUCAAAUUUCAAAUGUAGCAUUGAAAUAUGAAAAAUUUGAACAAUUCAUAUUAGAAAAAAAUCAAAAUGAUAAACGUAUUGAAGAACAUCUAGAUACAGUAACAAAAAAUACUGUUGCUUUAAAAAAAGAUGUUGUACAACAUUCAUUAUCAGUUGAACGUCACGAAAACUUAUUUAUGAAAGUAUUACUUCCAAUAUUUGAAGAUUUAUUUACUGUUAUAUGCACACAAAAUCAAGAUAAGAAAGGUAAUCCACUUGAUGCUGAUCUUAAAUACAAACUUGAACGCUAUCGUGUUCAAAUGAAGAAAGCAAGUGAAGGUAAACUUUUUUUCUAA